AUGACGAACAUGCACGUUCCCAAGGGCGAUAAGAUCGAAGAGACCCGCGCCAACCUCCCCCUUCCCGAGCAGCCCCCUGUCGCCUCUGAUUGGCAAUCCGCCGACGCAUCCAAGGUCAACGUCGGCAGCGGCGGCGACGCUGAGGCGGACAUUGGAACUGGUUCUGCCGCGCAGGCCGGUCUUCGCGAACCCGCAUCUAAGAACGACGCGGAUCUGAGCAACGUCGGACGUCAAGGCAAGGACAACCUGAGCGGUCCCCCCAAGGAUGCUGCUGCGAAAUGA